AUGCCUGAAUUGGCCGAAGUUGCCCGCAUUGUGCAUUAUAUCCGCAAGGAGCUUGUUGGAAAAAGGGUUUCAAAAGUCAUAGCGAAGCACGAUGAUCUUGUAUUCGGCAAGCAACACCUUAGCGAGGCGCAAGUCCAGGAACUCCACUCUGCAAUUCAUUACGUUUGCGCCACGUCGGUCGAUUUGUUAGGUGAUUCAUCGCGGUUCCCCACGGAUUGGCUUAUGCAUCAUCGCUGGAACAAACGCAGUAAACAAGCAUCCAAAAUGCUGAAUGGCGAUUUAGUCACUUUUAUCACAGUUGGAGGGAGAACGAGCGCUAUCGUACCAUCGGUCCAGAAGAAAUCCCCUGUUGCGACUACGGAUGCAACAGCCAACCAAGACGAUGACAAUGCGUCCGCCGCAAAAUCGGGGUCUGGAAGCCGCGGUAAGGCCACUAGCAAAAAGAAAGCGGACGAAGGCGCGGCUGUCAAUGGAACGAAAGCAAGCACCAGCGCCAAACAAACCCCCACGAAAAAAGAAGCCGAAAUUGCGAAUGGAAAGACGGGUGGCUCUGUGGCUCAAACCGCGAGCCGCAAGCGAAAGGCCGCUACUACGGAACCAGAGAAGGCUGAGAGCAAAAGUGCCACUCCGGCCAAGAGGACACGAGCCGCCGCUGUUCGAGAGGAAGCUACUGGAGCAAAAACGCCAUUAAGAAGAGGACGAUCUGCGGCAAAGAAAUAA